UGAUUACCAUGACCUAAAUUAGUUUUGCUAAAAAGUUUAAAAGCCAAAAAGAAAAAUGUCAUGUACGACAUUUCACGGAAAUAUAAUGCAUAAGUUAUCUCUGUUUACGACGUCGAUCACACCACCUUGCACCGUUCAUCCCAACAUCAAAGAGUAUCUUUUUUCAUUAAUUAUGAUUUGAAAAUUACAUGUAUUUUAAAAUUACAGUAAAAAUAAACAGAUUAAUUAAUAUGGACGGUUUUGAAAAAUGAACAGAUUUAUAACACGAAAUUGCUUCGUAAAUUCCAACCAGGCGGAUGAUUUCACAAGACAAACAGUGCAGGAUGUGAGACAGGCAGUCCUCUCAUCGGCCUCGCUCAGACCAAGAAUUCAAGAAGCUUUAGAAAGAAUCAAUUUUAGAUUUCAUCGAACUUGCAGCUUUUCCAAUAUAAUUAGAGAUUGUUACGUGAAUGAGGCUGAAACCCUGCUGAUGUACCGGGGCUGCGACGAGUCCGAGAGUCGGGCCACCAUGAGCGUCACAGCCUCGACCUGUUCUUCCACGCAGCAAGUGCCAGCGCACCAACGCGACAGAGAGCUCCGGUCGUCGUCACAGCAGACGGACAUCAGUUGCAGAAUAAUCUCUGGGAUCGCCUCUCCAGUAAAUGAAGUGGAAGAACAGCGUUUGCUGCGAGCUCGUAUUGCCGAUUCCCUGACAGUUUCAUCCCCUGCAUCUUCUCUGGUACAUCCUGCUGGCAGAUCCAUAUCUUUAAUAGGAUCGGUGUGUGCGUUAUUAUUGAAUAAACAAGGCACCGUAACUCCUAAAGAUGUUCCAAGCUUCACGGGAAGCCUGCGGUCGGACAUAUGUCGCAUUUGUUUUGGUGGAGAGAGCGCCGAGAGACUGGUCCGGCCGUGCGGCUGCCGGGGAACCAUCGCCGCUGUCCAUCGGACCUGCCUCGAACGCUGGCUCCUGCAGGCCGCCACCUCGUACUGCGAGCUGUGCAGGCAUCAUUACAUUGUUACGAGGAGUCAUAAAUGGUCCUGGAUCCGUUCCAUGGCGGAAUGGGCGGUGUCGGGGCAGGGGCGCGCGCUGGCGGCGGACGCGUGGCGCGGGCUGGUGCUGGGCGCGGCGAGCGUGCUGGGCACGGCGCGGGCGCUGCACGCGUGCGACGCCGUGCUGCAGGCGGGCGCCACGCGCGGCGGCGGGGCUGCCCUGGCCGCUAACCUCUUCUCUUCGAUUUUGAUUGGAGUUAUUGGUGCCUUAAACGGGCUUUUAACCACUUGGAUGCUGCUUAAGAUUCAAGAGCACCAGAGCUCGUGGAGGGCGUGGCGCGACAGUACUCUGCACGUGCACGUCACCCUCUCCCCGCACCGCUCCCCCCGUGCCUCCCCCCACCUCACCCCUCAAGCAUCAGACCAGACCGUGGUAGCCGUUGAUAGCUCCACCAGAGAUAGGAGCACAAAUGUAGCUGAUCCAUUUAUGGUCGCUGUUCCGUAUACUUUGCCGGAUUCUUGAAAGUCUUAGACAGGAAAUUGAUUUAUAUAACAGUGAGUACUGAAGUGAAGCCGCGGGCGCAGAAGACUGGUCGCAGAAGACUGGUCGCGUCAGCUCGACAAAUAAAACACGUAUCGAAAAAAAAAAAUGUUAAUUUAUUCUUCAUUAUUAAAUAUUUAUAAAUAUGUCAUACAUCAUUUUCGUAAAAUUAGGCGAUUAAGUAAAGCUGCUGUUAAAUAAUAAUAAUAAAAAAAUGGCAAAAUUACGUUAAUACAUUUCAUCCGAGCAGACCCCGAGGAUGCAACUUCCUUAUGUGAAAGAAUAAGCCAAAGCGAUCCUCAAACGCAGUUCAAUAACUACAGCAACAUUAAUCGUUCGAUAAAGUUAGUACACGUCUUAUAAACUAGAAUAAUUAAAAAUCACAUCUUGAGAUUAUAAAAUAAUUAGGAGAUUCCGAGAGCGCUUGGAGAAACAAGUUGGGCGGACAAUGACCGUCAGAACGACGGCCGACUUACAAGUGAAAUUUCUCUGGUUCGGUUUAAUUAAUGUCAUUACACUAUACAUGUUGUUACUGCGGGGCUGGCCACUUGCGGACCACACCACGGAGUAAGUACUUUGAUCUGGUAAUUAUUUGUAAGUCAGAAGGGAAUUUGAAUUCGAAAAUAAAAUGAGAUUAUGGACAAUGUGAGAUUGUAUUUUUUUAUAAUGCAAUUUUUUAUAAGUUGUUUCCUAAAUAAAUUCUCUUUUCGAUAAUUCUGCCAUCAGACCCUCCAAAGAAAUUUCACUUCAAUAAGUUUAUAUAUAAAAGAAAAAAAAACAAUAAAAAUCAACAACAUACACUCUUUGGACGUAACAUACAAUUAGAAUAACGUUUUUGUGACACUAUCGUUUGACUACACCUCACCAACGCCGACCCUCCCUGAGCACUCCCGCGCCCUCACACACAAACAUCAUUGAAGCGUGCUUUAGAAAUUUACGAUUUUCAAUUAGACUACAAUGAAUAUCGUGCUAAGAAUAUUUAUUUAAUAUGCUCUGCACGCUAAAGCUUUACUCUAACGGAAUAUCGUAUAGUUUCAAGAAUCUAAGUUUGAAUGUUUGCAUAUGAUCGCGCAGGAAUUGAGGUAGAAGGAAAGUUCUGUAGACGAUCAGUUCUGAUCUUUGAACCGGCGGUGGAUGGACUGGACAUAGGUGAAGACGCACUUCCAAUCAGGUUUGCGCAUCGUCACCAUAUCUUCCACAUCCAGCAAGGGAUAUAUGCCCGCCUUCUCACUGGGGAAUAGAAAAAAUCAUUGAGAUAUUUAGAUUCCUUUUUAGGUUUUAUCUUAGCGAAUAGUACCUACGGUCGUUAUACUUAUAAACUGACUAGCUGUACCCGUCCGCUUUGCUGGGCUUUUAAAAUUAACAUUAUUAUUUCUCACCCCCACGAAGAUUCUCAUCAUUAACGCCCCCUCAACUGGUGUAGGGAGCUCAAUACUCAUAUAAAUAUUAGCCUAUCAAUUAAGUACAUGUAUUUUCUACAUGGAUACCAAGUUUCAAGUCAAUCGGAUGCAUGGUUCAGUAGUUAUAACGGAACAUCCCUAAAAACCACUGUAGAUUUAUAUGUUAGUAUAGAUAUGCAGUUAGUCAGCCAACGAGCAUUGAGUGAUAUUGAGUGAUACUGAGACUUCGUACCCUUGGUACUUUAGUGUCAAUGAUCUUGAGUGACAGCUCCACAUCAGUGGACGAGCUGAACCCACGUGAUGCUAUUUGGUUACUGGAUCCGACAGACAUCACAUUGUGGAUGUAGGCGCACCGGUUGCCGUGAGACGUGUUCAGGGGUAUUGGAGCGGUUGUAUCAUCCUACAAAUAUGAAGGCUAGAUAGCUUCACUACAAAAAAUAUACCCAUACUGGUGGUAGGACCUCUUGUGAGUCCGCACGGGUAGGUACCACCACCCCGACUAUUUCUGCCGUGAAGCAGUAAUGCGUUUCGGUUUGAAGGGUGGGGCAGCCGUUGUAACUAUACUGAGACCUUAGAACUCUUAUCUCAAGGUAGGUGGCGCAUUUACGUUCCACUUAACACCAGGUGGGCUGUGAGUUCGUCCACUCGUUUAAGCAAUAAAAAAAAUAUAUACGUACAUAUACCUAGCUUAUUAUUCUAGUUGCGAUUAUCCAUCUCAUUAAAAACGACUUACUCGGCAAUUUUGAAGGCGAGCGUAAAAUUGUGUCGUCUUCUCUCCGGCGUCAGUUUUGAGUAGUCAAACGCGUCCGGCAGGAAGUGAUGUAGUAAAGCGCAGAACGCGAGACCGUCCGCCCAGCUCGUCGAAAAGUUCUCCAGCUUUACAUUCUGAAAAUUACAUGGCGCGUGUUGAGAAAUGAAGCUUUUUACGUGACGCUACUUGGAUACUUAUCUGCGUUUUUAAUAUUAUUUAGGAACUGAAAAGGUGUGAUUAUAUUUUCAGCUAAUAAUUAAGGUCAAAAACAAAUUGGAUAUUUACAUUUGCGAUAUUAAAAUUAUAAUUGUUACGGACUCUUAAGUGCCUGUGAUUUUGUGCAAGGGUAAAACUGCAAUUUUGUGAUUGAAGGACAAAAUCAGUCAUGUAAUUUUUACAAUAAAUAUUUACAUAUCUAUAAA